AAUAUUCCAAAAAAAUGAUGUGCAAAAAUUUGCUAAAAGAAUUAUAAAAAAAUACACAAAACUUCAAUAUAAUAUUAAUAGGUGUCAAAAUAUUUGUUAUCUGUAUCAUUAUCUUUUUGUAUGUGCGUGUGUUAAGAUGCUGUCAAGUGUAGCUCAAGUAAAAGCCAAGCCAAUUGUCAUGCAGAAAUACCUCUAAUCAAAUCAAUAUUUAAAUCAAAAUAUUCAAAAUAUAUAUAUUUAGCAUAUCGAGUGUGAAUCAAAUAAUUGCAAAACAAUUUGUCGUCGUUUAUAAUUAACGACAGAAAAUCGCAGAGUCAGCGCGAUAGCGUACUCAAUAUUGGUUUUAUUUUGUACCCUAAAGAGAAACCAGGACGGCUUCAUCACGGAGUCUUUGGAGUUUUUUUCCACUGAGGACGACGAUCUCGAGAUGGAUAUUUUACCAAGUGGGAAUAUAUUCAACGAACUGGAGCGCAUUUGCACAACUGGCUAUUUCUCAUCGCAGCCAUCGAUUGAGGAUCAAUGGCAACAGACCUGCUAUGAACUGGAGCGCUAUUUGCGUGACGAGCCUAAGCUGCAGAGCUAUAAAAAGAUGCACACUGAUCUGGACACAGCCUGGGACAUAUUUUCAACGCCCGCACGCCUUCUGGAGGAACUGAAAAUAAAAGAGAGUCUGGAUACGAUAUCGACGACCUCAUCUGUGUCGUCAAACUGUUCAGGCAUAUCGUGGGACAGCAAUGGUUCACAGGCGCUUAGCUGUGCAGUGUUAGUUAAGCAAGAGCGCAUCGACGAGGAUGACGAAGAAGCAACACAUAGACUAUCAUGUAAUGAGAAAUUGGACGUGCUAUUUGCAGCGCCGCCCUCAGCCAUAUCGCCCAAUCCAAGUAUUAGCAGUGCCGGCAAUAUGACGCCUACCAGCAAUAGCAACUGCUCAAGCAGCAAUAGUAGCGUUAACAUAAGCAACAGCAGCAGCAACUGCAAUACUAUCACCCUGAGCUCAAGUAGCAGUACAGCACCGGGUAUUAAAGUGCGGGUGGUACAGGCCAAGAGUCAGCGUCGUUAUCAUUUGGGUCAGGGUCAUGGGCAUGACUUUGUGCUUCCCCCGUUAACUCCGCCAUCAUCACCUGAAUCUAACCUUCGCAGCCAUAACUAUGCACAGCCGCCACAUCAGCAACUCCAGCGGCCGCAGCAGAUCGAUGCCAGUGAGCUGGCGGCGAUCCUCAAGCAGCAACAACGCCAGCAGCAGCAGACUUCAGCAGCAGCAAGUUCCACACCCGCGUCCACCGUUCUGCAUUUCAGCAGCCAAACGAUCGGCACCAAAAAUUCCUCAUUGACGCAAGCCACAACGUUGCAGCUGCAACAGCAACAGCAGCAGUUAGCAGUGCAACAUUUAAGCAUAUCGCCUCAGGGGCUUAGCAAAACUAGCAGUAGCAACAGCUCGGCAAGCAACAACAACAAUAACAUUAGCAACAGCAGUAGCAGCAGCACAGAUCAGUCCCCGAGUAACCAUAACAACAUUCCGCGCAGUACAAUCGUGCGAUUGACCACAGCCAAUGGAACACCUGGAGCCGCUGGCAUUAGCCUAGCACGUGUCAUACAAAUGCAAAACAAUGGCAAUGCUAAUGUUGCUGCCGUUCUCAGCGCCGCUGCCGCCAACAAUGUUAACAGUAACAACAACAGCAGCACCAAUCCUGGUACAACAACAUCCAUGCAACAGCAAUCGGCUUCACAACAUCUGCAGCAGACACCACAAAUAGUUGCCGUUGUUACGUCGCUCCCUGAAAAAUCAAUAACUGCUUCCAGCAAAAAUCAUCACCCGCGCCAGCAUCAUAGCGAUCACAGUCCGGAUGCCAAACGACGCAUACACAAGUGCCAAUUUCUGGGCUGCAAAAAGGUCUAUACGAAGAGUUCACAUCUGAAGGCACAUCAAAGAACCCAUACAGGUGAGAAGCCAUACAAAUGCUCUUGGGAUGGCUGCGAAUGGCGUUUCGCUAGGAGCGAUGAGCUAACCCGUCACUAUCGCAAACACACUGGAGCCAAACCCUUUAAGUGCCGCAGUUGCGAUCGCUGCUUCUCACGCUCUGAUCACCUGGCCCUCCACAUGAAGCGCCAUAUGUGAGGUGAAAUCUAAAUGGAAGUGCAAUUGUGUGCCAUCACAAGCUGCUAUAGUGCUAAUUAACAAAACUCACAUAACAGCACAAGCAACUGAAAAAUAUUUAAGAACUUCAAAUUCGAUAUAAAAUUGUGUGUUUGUUGCUGUUAGUGCUUAACGUCUUAUUCCAUUUCAUUAUCGUUUCGCUUCCAUAUCUUUUUGGUUUAAUUUCAUUUUAUCGUAUAAGCAUUUAUCAAAAUAACUUCCAUAUGCAUUUAAACUCUCAACAUAAAAUAUUUACCAAAGCAAAAUAAUUUUUUUCAGUAAAGCAUCAAGAAAAAAAACUGAACAAAAUAGCAGUCAUAAAUGAACUUAUAAAGCACAAUGAAUAUAUGAAAAUUGUAUGAAAUAUAUAUAUAUACAUAUAUUU